UUCGUGUAUCAAAAACCAAAACCCAUAUCAUUUUUUUCGUGUCGUUUGGUUUCGUGUUAGCGUGUUACGUGUCAAAUUGUCAGGCCGAGAUAAAUCACAUGAGGUUUCUAUUUUAGAUUAUAAUAAUAAUGUUGGGUUAGGUAAAUUUUCGAAAUUUACAGUUCUUAGAGUUGGGUUGUUUUUGGUUGGGGCUUUUGUGGUUCAGACAAUUUUUGCUGUUUUGUUAUUCGGGUCGGGUCAAAAUGGGAUAGUGGAUAGUGAGGAUGAAAGUAGGGUUUUGGGGUUGAAUGGUAAUGGGGUUGGGAAGUCCAGGGUUUUGGUUAGUGGGGGUGGGGUAGUUUAUGUUGAUGAAGUUGAAAUGCGGAAGAAAGUUGGGGAGAUUCAAGUGAUGGCUAGGGAUGUGAGGGAGAAGGAGAGGAGGGAAGGGAAGAAUGGGAAUAAUGGUCAUUUGAAGGGUGAUGAUGUUGGUGUUGACGUAACUCGAAUCGAGAAGGAGGUUAUUAGGCGGUUAGGGAGGCGGGGGAAGGGUGUAAAGAAACUGUCGAUGAGGAAUGAUGAUGGUGGUAAGGAUGGUUUAGUUGCUGAGGAUGUUAAUGAAGGGUUGAUAGUAAAGAAGGCAGAAUCUGAGAGUUCAUUCGGUAGUACUAUUGACGAGGCAAAAGGUUUUAGGAGUUUGGAUGAUGGUGCGGUUGAUAACAGUAGUGCAGUUCUUCGCAGUGAAGCUCAGGAAAAGACACGGGAUGACGGUGAUGGUAUGGAGUUAUUAGAUAGUGUCCGGACGGUAGAACAGCCAAAUGCUGAUGUGGUAAGGAAUGAUAUGGUUAAUUCAGGGGAAGAGGAUGUGAGUAACACAACUGAAGUUACUAGGAAGAAGUCAAGUAAAGGGAAGGAAAGAGUACAACUUGGCAAAGCUGAACCAUUGAAUGGCAAAGCUGUAAAGUUGGAUGAAUCACAUAAGCUAAAUGGAGCAAGUUCUCAAAGGUCAACAUGGUGGUUGAACCUUCCUUAUGUUCUAGCUGUGGUCAUGCGUACAGGUGGCGAUGACCAGGAAGCAAAUGGACUAUACAGGAUAAAAAGCACUUCUCACAGCUUGGAUGACUCAUCUCAUGUUGUUGCUUUCGAAGAUCGUGGUGAUGCAACCAACUUCUGCAAUCCUUUUACGAAGAUCUGGACAACUUCAGUUCAGAUAUAAUUCCCAUCCCAAUAGAAGUGAGAAUCUUUAUAUUUCUCCACCUUAUCUGUUGUAUAUUUAACAUGACGGUAAUGGACAGAUGGUGAAAGAUAAGAAUUGACUUACUAACAGAGUGCGGGGAAUCACCAUUAAGUAAAUUAGUAAAGGAUAUCCUUGUGUGAUUAUUUGGGUCAAAAUUCCAAAUUGAGAUGUUUAGUACUUCAUUGUAGAUAUGUGCUUUUUAACCCUUGCCCAACUUCUUUCAUUGAUAACAAGACAGAGUAGAGUAUGCCAUUUCCUGUAUAUUUCAGGACCUUGAUGAGGCAGUAAAGUCACAUUGGAUGGAGGUAGUUGUCGUGAAGAAGGGGCAACUUCAGCUUUAUGCUGGCCAGCCACUUUCUGAUGUCGAGACGACCUUGCGCUCCCUGGUUGAACGAAGCUAAUCUGCAUCAUCAUGACUGGAAAGAGCAGACACCAUUUGUUACUUAAGUUUUAUAGCUCUUCCUAGCAGCAUGUGAAAUGGAUUGCAGGAGAUUUUUGGGGGCUAAUUACGGUUACAGUUUUGCCGCCAUCUGUGAAGUGUGAGCUUAGCAUGUCUAUGUGUACCCAUAUCAUGAUAUGUAUUAUGUAGUAUGUUUUUUUUCCCUUCCUAUAUUUUUGUAGAACUUCUGUCGAAGCAUAAUUCAGCGAAAUAUUUGGAAUUUUCAAGUAUAA